AUUUUUUUUUCUAAGGAUAUUACCUCCACUUGGAUACCUGGAAGAUGAAGGCAGGAUAUACAGCUCGAGUUAUUACUCCAACUUUUCAUCAGGCCUCUGAUCGAGUGUGUCUUCUGUUUUACUAUCAUUUGUGGGGUUCCACAUUGAGCACUCUCAAUGUCUACGUCCGACUCCGUAACAGGUUCAACGUCCUGGUUUGGAACAGGACAAAACACGUGCAUCCAGAAUGGCAGGAGGAAGAGCUCGCCUUUGACUUCAAGAAAGAGCCAGUCCAGUUUAUGUUUGAAGGCGUUAUCGGAGAACCAAACUUCAGUGACCUUGCUCUGGAUGAUGUCACCGUUUAUGAGUGUUCCAGUAACAAUAAUACAAAAGUGAUUGAAACCAGCAAAUUGGAUUUUAACAAAAUAAACCCAGAUCACACUCGGCCACAAACUACUGAUCAACAGAUCACACUCGGCUACAAACUACUGAUCAACAGAUCACACUCGGCCACAAACUACUGAUCAACAGGUCAUCCUCUGCCACAAACUACUGAUCAACAGAUCACCCUCGCCCACAAACUACUGAUCAACAGGUCAUCAUUAUAAGGUGUUAUAUACAAUAAUAAUGGAUGUAUUUUGAAUGAUUUUAUCCAUUUUUUUUCAUCUGGCAGAUGUUGCUCAGAACACAAACCACACUUCAUAUAGUUUUAACGGUGUUAUAUUGUGUUUCACAAACCACACUUUAUAUAGUUUUAACGGUGUUAUAUUGUGUUUCACA